UCUUGCUCUUUCUCAGGCUGGUCUUGAACUCUUGAACUCAAGAAGUCCUCCCACCUUGGCCUCCCAGAGUGUUAGGAUUACAGGUGUGAGCUACUGUGCCUGGCCUCACUUAUUUUCCUUAAUGUCUGCAGAGUAGGCCGUUAUAGGACUAUAACAUAUUACUAGACCAGCUCUCUGUUUGUAGGCAUUAAAGGGGUUUCUGGGCUUAGGUACAGCACAUUGUGCUGCAGUUGAAUCAUCCUGCACAUGCUUUGUGCCUCUGUGGUUUUUACAGAAGGCAUUUCUAGCAGGAGAUUGUGGAGUUCUAGCAGGACAGUUUUCACAUAUGAUGGUGGAGUAGGGUGAAGACCCCUUUGGGAAUGAGAGGAUGUUUUCUCUGGGGGAACAUGGUGACCCCAGGUUGUACCUUUUUAAGGGAGCUUCCUCACUAACUAGCUGUUGUGUGCCUUGGAGCCAAUGCUUUGUGCUCUCUGGACCUUCUGUUGGAUGUCUGUGGGGUGAUUCUCAAACUCUAGGGUCUGUUCACCCCCAGGGUGCCUGUAACUAGCAUUCAGUUUCCUCUCUGGGCUUGGUGUCUCCGAGAGGCUGGAGAGCUCCAUCUUGUGGGCUGGGUUUUGGGAAAGCCCUUCAUGGUCUGCCUUUGUGAGUCUGCUGGAAGAUGCUUUGUCUCCGAUCAAAAGCAAACCACUGGGAGGUGGCACGUGUGGCCCUGUUGGAAUGGACCCUGUUAAUCUGCAUGGGUGACUCGUCUGCACACAGGGGAGAGAGACAGUGAGGUACCACGCACCCUUUGCGCUGGCACUUGCCCAGGCAGCACAACUGGGGGAGGAGUGUCUUUGGAGAUAGUCAUCUUUCUGGAUGUCACAUCCCUUUUGUAUCGUGGCAGUAGCUCUCCCUUUUCUGGUGUCUGUGGCUUUUGUUCCUCAGGAUGUAAGCUAUACCAGGCCGUGCCAUUGUAUGGUCCCUCUGCUAAGAAGACCACCAUCGGGCAUGGGACGGAUUCAAGGCCUUGCAGAUCCUGCCUCUACGGAGAGAACAGCCCAGAAAAGAAAGUUCCCCAGCCCUCCACAUUCUUCCAAUGGCCACUCACCACAGGACACACCAUCAAGCCCUGUUAAAAAGAAAAAGAAACCCGGUUUACUGAACAACAGCAAUAAGGAGCAGUCAGAACUAAGACAUGGUCCGUUUUACUAUAUGAAGCAGCCACUCACCACAGACCCUGUUGAUGUUGUACCGCAGGAUGGACGGAAUGAUUUCUACUGCUGGGUUUGUCACCGGGAAGGUCAAGUCCUUUGCUGUGAGCUCUGCCCCCGGGUUUAUCACGCUAAGUGUCUGAGACUGACAUCGGAACCAGAGGGGGACUGGUUUUGUCCUGAAUGUGAGAAAAUUACAGUAGCAGAAUGCAUCGAGACGCAAAGUAAAGCCAUGACAAUGCUCAACAUUGAACAGCUAUCUUACCUGCUCAAGUUUGCCAUUCAGAAAAUGAAACAGCCAGGGACAGACGCAUUCCAGAAGCCUGUUCCGUUGGAACAGCAUCCUGACUACGCUGAGUACAUUUUCCAUCCCAUGGACCUUUGUACAUUAGAAAAGAAUGCUAAAAAGAGAAUGUAUGGCUGCACAGAAGCCUUCCUGGCUGACGCAAAGUGGAUUUUGCACAACUGCAUCAUUUAUAAUGGGGGAAAUCACAAAUUGACGCAAAUAGCGAAGGUAGUCAUCAAAAUCUGUGAACAUGAGAUGAAUGAAAUCGAAGUAUGUCCAGAAUGUUAUCUAGCUGCUUGCCAAAAACGAGAUAACUGGUUUUGUGAGCCUUGUAGCAAUCCACAUCCCUUGGUCUGGGCAAAACUGAAGGGGUUUCCAUUCUGGCCUGCAAAAGCUCUGAGGGAUAAAGACGGGCAGGUUGAUGCCCGUUUCUUUGGACAACACGACAGGGCCUGGGUUCCAGUAAAUAAUUGCUACCUCAUGUCUAAAGAAAUUCCUUUUUCUGUGAAAAAGACGAAAAGCAUCUUCAACAGUGCCAUGCAAGAGAUGGAGGUGUAUGUGGAGAAUAUCCGCAGGAAGUUUGGGGUUUUUAACUACUCUCCAUUCAGGACGCCCUACACGCCCAACAGCCAGUACCAAAUGCUGCUUGAUCCCACCAACCCCAGUGCUGGCACUGCCAAGAUAGACAAGCAGGAGAAGAUCAAGCUCAACUUCGACAUGACGGCGUCCCCCAAAAUCCUGAUGGGAAAACCCAUGCUGAGCGGGGGUACUGGCCGCAGGAUUUCUCUGUCCGAUAUGCCACGUUCCCCCAUGAGUACAAACUCUUCGGUGCAUACAGGCUCUGAUGUGGAGCAGGACAGUGAGAAGAAGCCCACGUCGAGCCACUUCAGUGCCAGCGAGGAGUCCCUGGACUUCCUGGAUAAGAGCACAGCUUCACCAACCUCCACAAAGACGGGACAAGCAGGGAGUCUGCCCGACAGCCCGAAACCUUUUUCUCCUCAACCGUCGACUCCAGUCACAACAAAAACGGACAAAACAUCCACCACUGGGAGCAUCCUGAAUCUUAACCUGGAUCGAAGCAAAGCCGAGAUGGACUUGAAGGAGCUCAGCGAGUCAGUCCAGCAGCAGGCAGCGCCCGUUCCUCUCAUCUCUCCCAAGCGGCAGAUUCGCAGCAGGUUCCAGCUAAAUCUUGACAAGACCAUAGAGAGUUGCAAAGCACAAUUAGGCAUCAAUGAAAUCUCAGAAGAUGUUUAUACGGCCGUAGAGCACAGCGAUUCCGAGGAUUCCGACAAGUCAGACAGCAGCGAUAGUGAGUCUAUCAGUGACGAUGAGCAGAAGCCCAAGAAUGAGCCAGAAGACACGGAAGAGAAGGAGGGAAGUCAGAUGGACAAAGAGCCAUCUGCUGUCAAAAAAAAGCCCAAAGCAGGAAACCCAGUGGAGAUUAAAGAGGAGCUGAAAAGCCCGUCACCAACCAACGAGAAAGUAGAUCUGGGACCACCGGUCAAGGACAAAGCCAGCCCUGAGCCAGAGAAGGAUUUUUCAGAAAAAACAAAACCUUCACCUCAUCCUACAAAAGAUAAACUGAAGGGAAAAGAUGAGACGGAUUCCCCGACAGUACAUUUGGGCCUGGACUCCGAUUCAGAGAGUGAACUUGUCAUAGAUUUAGGAGAAGACCAUUCUGGGCGGGAGGGUCGAAAAAAUAAGAAGGAACCCAAAGAACCAUCUCCCAAGCAGGAUGUUGUAGGUAAAGCUCCACCGUCCACGACAGCGGGCAGCCAGUCUCCCCCUGAAACCCCGGUGCUCACCCGCUCUUCUUCCCAAACUCCCGCGGCUAGUGUCACAGCUACCACCAGCGCGACGUCCACCGUCACAGUCACGGCGCCGGCCUCGGCCCCGGCUCCGGCCCCAGCCCCGGCCCCAGCCUCGGCCCCGGCCUCUGCCUCUGCCGCCACAGGAAGCCCAGUGAAAAAGCAGAGGCCACUUUUACCGAAGGAGACCGCCCCGGCCAUGCAGCGGGUCGUGUGGAACUCCUCAAGUAAGUUUCAAACGUCCUCCCAAAAGUGGCACAUGCAGAAGAUCCAGCGCCAGCAGCAGCAGCAGCCUCAGUCUUCCCAGGGGACGCGAUAUCAGACCAGACAGGCCGUGAAAGCGGUCCAGCAGAAGGAGAUCACACAGAGCCCCUCCACGUCCACCAUCACCCUGGUGACCAGCACACAGUCAUCACCCCUGGUCACUAGCUCAGGGUCCACCAGCACCCUUGCGGCUUCAGUCAACACUGACCUGCCCAUCGCCACCGCCUCCGCUGAUGUUGCCGCAGACAUCGCCAAGUACACUAGCAAAAUGAUGGACGCAAUAAAAGGAACGAUGACAGAAAUAUAUAACGAUCUUUCUAAAAACACUACUGGAAGCACAAUAGCCGAGAUCCGUAGGCUGAGGAUUGAGAUAGAAAAGCUUCAGUGGCUGCACCAGCAGGAGCUCUCUGAAAUGAAACACAACUUGGAGCUGACCAUGGCUGAGAUGCGGCAGAGCCUGGAGCAGGAGCGGGACCGGCUCAUCGCUGAGGUCAAGAAGCAGCUGGAGCUGGAGAAGCAGCAGGCGGUGGACGAGACCAAGAAGAAGCAGUGGUGUGCCAACUGCAAGAAGGAGGCCAUCUUCUACUGCUGCUGGAAUACCAGCUACUGUGACUACCCCUGCCAGCAGGCCCACUGGCCGGAGCACAUGAAGUCCUGCACCCAGUCAGCUACCGCCCCUCAGCAGGAAACGGAUACUGAGGUGAACACGGAAACACAGAACAAGUCUUCCCAGGGGAGCUCCUCUAGCACCCAGUCAGCACCUUCAGAAUCGGCCAGCGCCUCCAAGGAGAAGGAGACAUCAGCUGAGAAAAGCAAGGACAGUGGCUCGACCCUCGAUCUUUCCGGCUCCAGAGAGACACCCUCUUCCGCUGUCUCAGGCUCCAACCAAGGCUCUGUUAGCAAAAGGUGUGACAAGCAACCUGCCUAUGCCCCAAGCACCACAGACCACCAGCCGCACCCCAACUACCCAGCCCAGAAGUACCAUUCCCGGAGUAGUAAAUCCAGUUGGAGCGGUAGCGAUGAGAAACGAGGCUCGGCACGUUCUGAGCAUAACACCAGUAGUACCAAGAAUCUCCUCCCGAAAGAGUCCCGGCUGGACACCUUCUGGGACUAGGGGGAAAUUGUGACACCAACUGCCUGGCCCCUGGGGAGAAAACCCAGACAGCAGGAGAACAAGCCACCUUCAGACUUGAAAAUUGUGAACAUUCAGACUUGGCCUGUGCACCCGGCACAAAGGGCAGCCUACACUACAGGACGUCCAGCAUUAGCUUCAACUGAGGACUGUUCAAUACACAUGAGCCCUAUGCUUUAUGCGUUCGAUGUAAAUAAUGUACAAUUUGUGGAUGUCACUGAACCUAGAGUACCUUCCCCCUUUUAUAUUUGUAUUGACUUUAACUUAUAAAAAAAAAAGAAAAGGACUUAAAAAAAAAACAAACCAACAACAAAAAGAAUGUUUUGAUGUUGGAGAGAAGGGCUGGUCAGUUAGCCUGUCUGUCACACAGCAGAUGGAGACCGAGCCCGGGGAUUGCUGUCUCACACAAGUCCUCCUCCUCGGAUACCCAGGGGAAAGCGAGCCGUUUCCACUUGUAUGUUUAUAGGCAACUCGGUUGGGAGCAGGAGUUUCUGCACAGACUCCUGUGCGGUGUGGGCACAUCCCAUCAAGCCAUUGGCUCCUUUCAGAUACUGUGUUACUCCAAAACACAAGCUCUCCAGACCCAAAGGACACAGGGAGGAGCUCAGUUAUUUUUUGGCAUUUAAAUAAUGACUGCCCCUAAAAGUGGGGGGGAAAACACACCCAAACGUCCUUGUUUACAGAAGAGAAACAGAAACCAUCCCUGCUCAGCUCAGUUGUAGAAGAGAAGAAGGUAGAACGUGUUAGGGUCAUAAGCUUUGAAAUCAAGAGAAAUCUUUCCUUUGUGAUUCCUUUAAACACAUUCUCACACACUUGGCAAGAGAAGCUGUGCUUCUCGGAAGCAGGAACUCGAAGGCAAGCUGCACGCAGAGGACGUUGGAGUCUGGGGUGAAGCAUGUAUGUAUUAUUUAUAUGAUGGAAUUUUACAUUUUUAUGUAAGCAUGAAACAAAGGCAAUAUGAGAGAAAAGCAAGACCCAGUCAUGCUGUUACACUACUUCCGUGUAGUACCAUUCUGUAUGUUGUGUAAAACAAGAAGCAUUGAUCAAAGCAAAAGGUGAUGUAUGUAUAUGAGAAAAUUAAUUGUACGAUAUCAUUCCAGUACAUUCUGUUGUACAUUUUAGUCUCGUUUACUUUCUCUUCAUUGUUGAUAAGAGGAUGUGAACUGUACAGUUUCCAGCUAGUUAACCCAUAUUAGAGAAGAAAUAAAGAGAGUAUUAGAAGAAAACAGGAGAGAGAGAACAUUUGUGAACUGCAGUGGUAAAAAAAAAAAAAAAAUAGCCUAGCUGGCCUUAUUUGUGAAGCCUAAUUGCUUUUAGCAUAUGGAAGUAUUUUUUCACAUUUUCUUUGUAUAAAAUUUGUAUUAAACUUAAAUAUCUUUUU